CAUCAUCCUCCUUGCCUCCUUGGUUUCUUCAAUGCAAUCGUAUAUCAAGAGAAGCAAGACAAGACGCAGAAAUGGAGCCCUACAAGAUCCCGCCGGGAAGGCGCUGUGCACAACCUCAUCUUCCACCAACACCGCCGAUGAUGCUACUGCGAAAGACUGCUGCGAUCUCCCCGCUUUCGCCGACCCGUCAAUGCUGCCUUCAAUGCACGUGCUUUGGAGCUUUAGCAGAGGUUGCUGGACCUGGUCUUGAUGUCCCCCUUGGUACCAUCCUUCCUGCUUUACUCACUGCAAUGGGCUAUACUGAUAUGCCGCAAUGCUAUUUACUUGGAGGUUCAAAGUCUCGCCAAGAAAGCAGCAGAAACUGUUGUCACUGUAAUUGACGAGGAAGGCUUCAAUCAGACAAAGUUCUGCAUACUUAACUGGAUAUUUAUUCAAAACCAGUGAUCUAUAUCUUGUUGAUGGGGCUCUAAACCCUGAUUAUUUUACUAAGUGAUUCAGAUUCAGUCACCGUGACGGUUGCUUGGGAAGCAUUGUCUAGUGUGAUAAGUUCAGCUCCUAAAGAAGUUCUUCCUUCGUAUAUAAAGUUGGUUCGUGAUGUAUACAAAUAUAGAGGACCAGUUCUAAUACCUGGUUUUUGCCUCCGGAAAGCUCUUCAACCUGUGCUUCCUAUUUUCCUCUAGGGUCUUAUAAGUGGAUCUGCUGAAUUAAGAGAGCAAGCAGCUUUGGGCCUUGGAGAGUUAAUUGAAGUGACAAGUGAGCAAGCAUUAAAGGAGUUUGUCAUUCCAAUCACAGGUGAACUAUGCCCUUUAUUAGUGUGUCAACUAUCAAACAGUCCUCUACUUGUCUGAACCUUUGGGUCACCAGUGUAAGGCCAUUCUAGAUUGCUUGGGCAAGUUCAAAGUGCAAUUCUCUCAACUUUGAGCAUCAUAAUAUGGAAGGGUGGGUUGGCCCUAAAUCCUUUUCUUCCCCAGCUUCAAACAACAUUUGUUAAGUGUUUGCAGGAUAUUACAUGGACUGUUCGAUCAAGUGCUGCUCUUGCCCUUGGUAAACUAAGUGCACUCACAACUAGGAUUGAUCCUUUGGUUGGUGAUCUUCUAUCUGCUUUACAGUUUUGGAAUUCGUGAGGCUAUUUUGACUGCUUUGAAAGGAGUGAUCAAACAUGCUGCCAAAAGUAUUGCUGAUGCUCUUUAUUAUAACCCUUCAUUUACGCCGAGCAUACUGCAAACGCUUGGUGUUGCUACAGAGAUCUUCAAUCUUUGGUUCCAUAUGCUACAACAAACCAAAAAAAGUGGAGCUCGGGCUAAUUCUAAAAAUGGAGCAUGAGAAGAAGGUUUGCUGCUUGGGCUUGACAUCAUUGCUUGGGAUCAAAUGCCAGCAGCAGCCUUAGAGGGCAUUUUUAAGGCCAUUCUUGACCUCCCUGUAAGCACAAGGAGCAACUUUCUGAAGCUGCAAAGGCAGAGGAAGCUGAAGAUGAGGUUGAGAUGGAUGGAUUUCGAAGUGAUGAUGACGACGAUGAGUCUGAUAGAGAAAUGGCAGAUGAUGACGAGGAUGGAGAUGAAGCUGACAGCCUAAAGCUCCAAAAGUUGGCAGCAAAGGCGAGUGCUUUCCGCUCCAAUGAUGCUCCAAUGAUGACGUGGAUGAGUCAUCUGAUGAUGAUUUUUGUGAUGAUGAAGAGAUGCAAUCAGCCAUUGAUGAGGCGGAUCCUUUUGUUUUCUUUGUUGAUUCUGUCAAAGACAAAGGAUAUCAUUGGCUUUACAUUCAUUCUGUGGCUGAUGUGCUUGGAACCAAAGAUCUUCCUGUUGUUAUGACUAUCCUAAUAUCACGAACGCUGGGUCUUAUAAUUGGAUCUGCUGAAUUAAGAGAGAAAGCAGGUUUGGGCUGUGGAGGGUUAAUUGAAGUGACAAGUGAGCAAGCAUUAAAGGAGUUUUUCAUUCCAAUCACAGGGUUCCCAUGGCAAGUUAAAAGUGCAAUUCUCGCAACUUUGAGCAUCAUAAUACGGAAGGGUGGGUUGGCCCUAAAGCCUUUUCUUCCCCAGCUUCAAACAACAUUUGAUAAGUGUUUGCAGGAUAAUACAAGGACUGUUCGAUCAAGUGCUGCUAUUGCCCUUGGUAAACUAAGUGCACUCACAAAUAGGAUUGAUCCUUUGGUUGGUGAUCUUUUAUCUGCUUUACAGCAGGCUUCAGAUGUUGGAAUUGGUGAGGCUAUUUUGACCGCUUUGAAAGGAGUGAUCAAACAUGCUGCCAAAAGUGUGAGCAGUGCUUCUAGAACACUUAUUGUUGAUGCUCUUUACUAUAACCCUUCAUUUACGCUGAGCAUACUGCAAAAGCUUGGUGUUGCUACAGAGAUCUUCAAUCUUUGGUUCCAUAUGCUACAACAAACUAAAAAAAGUGGAGCUCGGGCUAAUUCUAAAAGGGAGCAUGAGAAGAGGGUUUGCUGCUUGGGCUUGACAUCAUUGCUCAGUCUUCCUGCUGAUCAAAUGCCUGCAGCUGCCUUUGAGGGCAUUUUUUAAGGCCAUUCUUGACCUCAUUGUAUGCACAAGGAGCAACUUGCUGAAGCUGCAAAUGCAGAGGAAGCUGAAGAUGAGGUUGAGAUGGAUGGAUUUCGAAGUGAUGAUGAUGACGAUGAGUCUUAACUGCACAG